UUGGUCAGGUGCCAGCAAGGUUACCUUUAGCUUCUUAACCCUUUACAGGUAAAAGGAUUUUUCCUCUGGCCAGGAGGGAUUUUAAAGGUGUUUACCCUUCCCUUUAUAUUUAUGACAAAAGCUAAACCUUGCAUUGCCUUUCAGGCCUUAAUUCAAACCUGUAGACGGUGCCAUUUUACUUCUUUUUCUGCAUGUGCCAUUUAAAAUUAGACAUAAAGCAUCAUAACUGGCUGGCAGCCUUGUGAUAGAUUCCAAGGCCAGAAGGGAUCCUUUGUCACUUUAGGAGUUCAGAGAACCACUGUGAUGUGUGAAUUCAUUUUGUUAAAAAUUGCUUUGACCUGAUACCUCCUUGAGUUUCAGACACUAAAGCCCGGGCUUCUUUAUUCUCAGCCUGCUUCAUGCUCCUGAUGGGCACACACAUUACAGGAGUACAACUUAUGCUUCUGUAAUUCGUGAGACUUAUUCUUUGCCACUAUUGUCUGCUCUGUCAGUGGCCCAAGGGGGUGUAUCCAAAAAAGUUUACAAAUUACAAAAGGAAAACAGAAAGUGCCAUCAUCCUCCAGUUACUAGCAUACUGGGAAAAAUUGGCAGUAGAAAAAUGCAAAGUGAGGCUGUCCCUGGGGAAAAAAACCUCACAGAUUACCCAUCUAUAGCUAUCCUAACUAUUUAUGUGGCUUCCAUUACUGUAGUAUCUAAGUACCUCACAAUCUUUAAUGUAUUUACCCUAACAACACCCCUAAGAGGUAGGGGGUGCUAUUGUCCUCAUUGUAAAGAUGAUGAACUAUACCUAAGAUUUAGGGUAACCAUUCCUUUGUGGGGGGAGGGGGUCAGCUUUUCUAGUGUAUCCUGUGUGAGAUUCAGCGUCUGAUGAAAUAUCUCAGCCCCCUCAAGAGGAGGACUGCAGGAUCUGGGUUCACAAACAAGAGUCCAGCCAGCACAUUCACCAUGAAUUGUAAUGUGCUGGAGAGGGCUCUGAGGUGCCUCUUGUUAAAAUUUCCCCUCCAGAUUGAAGGGAUGCUUAUGGUGAAUUGCCUGGGGAUCAGCUUCUCUCUGGAUACCAAAAAAGCAUCUCUGCUAGAGAGGACUAAUCUGAAGGGUCAUAAAAAGACUUUUGAAGAGCAAUUCUUUAGCCUUUGGAAUUAAACUCUUUGCACCAAAUGUCUGGUGUUUUCAAAGUAUUUCUGGUGGGGAGGGUCAUAUUAGACUUUCCUGAAAAAGUCAUCAUCCUUCAUCCUAAAUAACAUACAUUGGAAACUACCUCAUAAUGCUCAGUGUACCUUUCAGGAACAAAGCAGAACCAUUUUAAUGGGCAAAUAAUUUAUUUGUUAGCCAACUGGUGCAGCAUCCCUUCUUGGCCAUGGGCAUGAAAAAGUAUUAUUGUUUAGAUGGGAAACCAGACUAAUAGAUUUUCCAAUCUCUCACCACCUUUUGUGGGCACAUGAGCCCCUAGGAUACUGGCAUUAUCACACACUCUGGAAGAUGCUUAUUGCGGGACCUCCUGGUUAUAACAUUAUAAAGCACAUCACUGCCAGAACAGGUGGUUCCCACCCAAGGAUGAAUCACAACCACUUUGCCUUACAGGGCCCUGUUUAAUAGAUCAGGCCCAAUGUCUUGGUUAAGUGAAAAUAUACAAGAAAUAAUAUGUUUAGGAAAUAGUCCCCUCACAUUUUAGAACCAUCGACAUCAAGCAACCCUCUCUAGACAAAGAAAAUCUCUCCAGGAGCUCUGAGCCCAGUCUCUUCUUUUAUGAAGCUCAAAACACCUGGUGGGCAAUUAUUAAUUGAAGGAAAUUAGCUUUCAGUUAUCCUUCCCAUACAGUAUCACCUGCUCCAUUUACAAAUCCCUGGAACUCCCAGCUUGUCCAAUUAGCAUCCCCCGCCAUCAAGCAUCCCCCGCCAUCAAGCAUCCCCCUGACCCAUCCCCCGCCAUCAAGGGGAUUAGGAAAGCAGCUUUCCCAUAGGGAUUUAACCCUUCACCUGCCAUGUUAACUGGUAUUAGACAUACACUGUUAGGAAAAGGAUAUUGUUGACCCUCUUCUGAGUGAUAGCAAAUGCCUGAGACCUUGCAGGUCAGCUUCAUAGUGGAGAGAAAUCAGUGUAGUAGAAUCUGGGUAUACUCUAAGUAUAACUUGUUUUAUUUACAUAAACACUAGUCCUGGAACGGAAGUGGUCAUAUAGCAUGCAAGGUAAUCCCCUCUUUCAGGAAUUUCAGCCAAUGCCUAGUUACAAGGGAGCAAUUUUGCCUCAAGAAUUUAUUUCAGACAGCAAAUUCUCUUGGUCCUCCCUCUGCCCAGGACAAAAUCAGCACACCUUCCCCAGGAGAAAUAUUUGCUUGCAUGCUAAGAAAAAGAACUUGGAAGACUACUUGUAACAGUGCAACCUGCCAUAGAAUAUUGUGUAAAAAUAUAAAUAAAUCCAAGCAGUGCUAGGUGAAAGGUCACAUUUCUUCAUGUGGAACAGCUAGCUCUUUAUGAGACUCAGUGUGACCUAAUGGAUAGAGUACUGGAUCAGGAUAUGUGUGUUCUAUUCCUGACUCUGCCACUGGCCUACAGAGCGACCUCAGGCAAGUCUCUUUCCCUCUCUGUGCCUCAAUUUCCCCAUUUGUAAAACAGAAAUAAUGAUACUGACCUCCUGUGGCAGUCUGUACCCCUUUAUUCAUGCCUUUUACAGGUCUAUGAUGAAUUUCAUACAAAGUAUGCCUUGUGCGGUGUCAUUUGAAAACUCAUAAUUUGCUGACCAUUAUUGUUGUGGUAAAAUAUGUGUGUGGCAACAUUGCACAUAAAAUUAUAAGAUUCUAUUGUAUGAUAUGACUAAGACAUGUUCCAAGUCUGGGGAUCAGUCACAAACUGGUUCCCCAGUGACAAAAGGUUAGCUGAUGCCUCAGUCAGGUGUCAACAAAAUCAAAUGGACCAUCACCUGGUUAAGUGUUCAUUCUUUGGUAGGAAAGAGGGUGUGGGUGAAAAAAUCUACAUCUUGACAAGGAAACAGCUUGGGGUUCCCAUCCACACUGACUUUCUCCUCAACCACAACUAGAGAUGAUUCUCAAAGAAGAGAAAGAACUAUAAGAAGGGAGAGCAGACAUCCCAAAUUAUUCCUCCCUUUCUUUGUACCUAUGGCAUCCACAACACCUGAAGAACAAAAGAAUCAGCUUUGGACUGGGGGAGAGAUCCUGACUGAAAGGAGUUCAGCCAGUAAGACUGCCGUAACAUGUGUUUGUUUGGAGUGUUGGUGGAUCCCUGCUGCAUUGUGCCAGAGUGUGGCUCUGUAUGCUCUCUCAUCCAGGAGGGAAUUCUGUUUUCUGGGCAGCUCUAAAGUACAAUCGGAAAACCAAGAGACCACAAGGCCCAGGGUGGGUCUCAAAAAGCAAACUCCACUGAGGAGCCAAAAGCAGCAUGCUUGCUCUCCCAAUUAGCAGGGAAUGCAGUACAAGAGUUUUCAAUCUACAAGCCCAUUGAGACCCUUUUCAUCAAGAUGAUGGUUACAGAUGCAUCCGAUGAAGUGAGCUGUAGCUCACGAAAGCUUAUGCUCAAAUAAAUUGGUUAGUCUCUAAGGUGCCACAAGUACUCCUUUUCUUUUUGCGAAUACAGACUAACAUGGCUGCUACUCUGAAACCUGUCACAUAGCACGCAUCAGAAUGAAACCACAUCCUCUUCAACAGAAAACCAGCUCUGUACGGAGGCAGCCAAUAGAGCGAGUUGGUGGGUGAUUUAUGUUUUGUACUCUGUUCUUUUUACAAUAUUUUAAGCGGGGAAAACUUUUUAAAAGUAACAAUGAAUUCACGGAUAUUUUGCUUUUUUGUUGUGCUUGUUCUUAGUAUUUCAGUUUCAUUAGUUCUUUAUACUAUUAGUUCACCUGAGCAAAAAAACCUUUGGAAGUUGAACCUCUCAGGAAGUUCUAUCUUAGCAGAAGCCUGUAAUGCACUUAUUGAAGAGAAGGCAUUUUUUGUACAAGAAAACACAUUAAAAAUGUCAUUUGGGAGAACCAGUUGCACCAAAUACUUAAUUCACAAUCACUAUAUAACCAGCCCUCUCUCGGCAGAAGAAGCGGCCUUUCCUUUGGCUUAUAUCAUAACCCUUCAUAAGGAAUUUGAUACUUUUGAAAGACUUUUCAGGGCUAUUUAUAUGCCCCAAAACGUUUACUGUAUCCAUGUGGAUAGGAAAGCAACUGCUAAGUUUAAGCAAGAUGUGGAAAAGUUAUUGAACUGUUUUCCCAAUGCUUUUCUUGCCUCUAAAAUGGAGCUAGUGGUAUAUGCUGGAAUAUCCAGACUUCAGGCGGAUUUGAACUGCAUGAAAGACCUGCUGGAAUCAGGAGUUCGGUGGAAGUACCUUCUCAACACAUGUGGACAAGAUUUUCCCUUGAAAACCAACAAGGAAAUAGUUCAGUAUCUGAAAAGAUUUAAAGGGAAAAACAUCACUCCUGGACGUCUGCCUCCUGCCCAUAUUAUCAGAAGGACCAAAUAUAUCCACAGGGAACAAAUAUACAGUUUCGCUUCUUUCAUGCUGUGGACCUUUGUACGAAAAGCACCACCUCCACACAAUCUGAUCAUCUACUUUGGCUCUGCUUAUAUUGCUGUCACAAGGGACUUUACCGAGUUUGUUCUCAGAGACCAGCGUGCCAUUGAUUUACUUGCAUGGUCCAAGGACACCUAUAGUCCAGAUGAACAUUUCUGGGUGACACUCAAUUCGAUACCAGAUGUCCCUGGUUCCAUGCCAAAUGCAUCCUGGGAAGGUAACCUGAGAGCUAUCAAGUGGAGUGAUAAUGAAAGCUCUCAUGGAGGUUGUCAUGGCCAUUACGUCAGAGGCAUUUGUAUAUAUGGAACAGGUGACCUAAAGUGGCUGCUUAAGUCUUCAAGCAUGUUUGCUAACAAGUUUGAACUCAAAACAUACCCGCUCACUGUAGAAUGCUUGGAACUGAGUCUUCGAGAGAGAGCGCUGAACCAGAGUGAGACGCAGGUGAAGCCAAGUUGGUACUUUUAAAUUAACAACUCAGAAUGGAAAUAAAACUCCAACUGCAAUGGCUCUGGAAGAAUAACCUCCCCAGAAAGACUUCUCUUUCGGGACUUCAGUACGGGUAGUUUGUGAUAUCUUGAGUGGAAGGUUUGAGUGCAGAUCAUACAAUACUGGAGAGACCAAAAAGGAGGCUGAGGAAAUGGUUCUGUUGGCUUUGCUGUAUAUGCACUUUUGGCGUGUGUGGCUGGACAGUGUCAGUGCUGACUUGAGCCUGGCAAUAAUAUAUAUUUAAAUAAAUAUCAUGUAUCCCUAAAAUUUCAUGCAGCAACAUAAAAUCCAGAGCAUAUUAAUGAGGAAGAGUUAUCCUUUUUUGAAGGAAGCAACCACCAUCAACAAGAUCUUAAAGAUAAAUCCAGGUGCACAGUUUGACUUCAUGCGUACAGAAACCAGAGUCACUGACAAAAAAUACCCUACAUGCAUUUGGCACAGGGAAUAGCAUUUGGUAUUUUUGACUCCCUAAAUGGGCAGCAAGGGGCAAGUGGGAAGCAGAAGGAAUGUUUCCAGAUCUGCUUGGUCCCUUCCAAAGCAUUCUGGGAGUGGGGGAAGACAACUGGGAGUUAGACAUUUUCAUACUUAUAACUCCGAGCUUUUGAGAAUAACUCAGUCAUUCCAUCUUAUACCGUGAAACACGCUAAUAGUCUCCGAGUUUUAGUUUCCUAGACUGUAUAUACUUAGCACAGAAAAUACUUGUUAGUUGUACUGUAUUAAGAUUCCCACCCCCCACACCAGCCACUAGAUAUGUAAGCAGGACUGACAUUCCAGCCACACACGCAAGGCCUGAUGCAAAGCUCCCUGAAGACAACUGAAAGUCUCAAUAGACCAGCCAGGACAUUGUUUGCUGCGUACCAAGCAGACCAAAAAAAACCCCAAACAAACAAAAAACCCAAUCCCGCACCUAGAACUUUCAAAAGUAUUUUAAAUCUCCCAAACAUGAUGGAUGGUACGUGUAGUUUUCACCCUAAUGUUCCCCACUCUGAGGAACCCCCUAUUUUUCUGGAAAAGUCAAAGGAAAACAAAGCAAAAAACACAAAAUAAGAACUACAGUUGUGGGCACCUCUUCCUUUGUUGUGGAAGAUUGUAUAUAUGCCAGAUUCUGGGCACAUAGUACUAAUAGAAGGAGUUUCAGACUGUGCCAUCACAAAGGCAUUCAGAUAGACUAUUUUCAGGGCAGAAACUUGGACUGAAUUCCUGUUCAACUUUGCUAAUGGAAGGAGUUUCCUGACAGCAAAGCUGGCACAGCAGGCGGCUGUGGAAACUACAGAGAGAGUAGGAAGACAGACAGAUGGGGCAGAAGAAUUAGGUUUUCCAAAAGUGACUAGUAAUUUGGAGGGGGCUUUCACUUUUGGCUGCCCAAUUUGAGACUCUUUAAAAGGUGCCUGACUUUUCAGAAGACAGGGGCUCAGCUCUUUCCAGCAGUGAUAUCUCAAGUUGGGCACCCAGAAAUGGAGACACACAAAGCUCAAAGUCACUUUUGAAAAUGUAGGCCAAGAUUUAAAGAAGGGAAGGGAUCCUGACAACCUGAUAAGAAUAAUGGAAGUACCGCAAUGUGCAAAGAGGGCAGGAGGUAGAAAUGGACUGUCCCAGACUGAGAACCAGAGGCAAAUAAGGGAUAAUAAAAACCAACAAGAGUAGAAGCAGCAAGUUCACCAAUUGAAGAGACCAACAACAGGAUAUUUUGCACUGAAUUCUCUUAAAAGUAGCAGUACCAAGUGGAUCCAGUCUUGAAAGAUCUCACACUUUCCCAUUUGAGUAACGUGAUAGCAGAAUUCUUAACACUUAGAAACUCACAAAGCACAGCUGUCUGUUCAGAGUUAAUACUGUUGGUCUACGUACUGACACAAUCCAACUCCUGUUAAUGUCUCUUCCUUGAAUGAUAGUCAAUGUUAUAUUUUCAUGGAAAUAAAUUAUUUUGGUUUCAU